AAAAUAUAAUUUUAACUUUAUCCGUUGUUAUCACCUAGAAAACGAAAAGCACCAAUGCCAAACCCAGUACAGUCACGCCAUUUCACACUGCCACCUUAUCACCACAACUCCAUUUUCAUAUCGGUAAUCAAUCUCUCAUUCAACUCAACUCUCUCUUUCUCUCUACUUCAUUGUAUUUUCUUCUCACGAGUUAGAAUGGCUCCUUUUACAAUUGCGACAAUGCCCUCUUUAAACAUCGGGCGUUUCCAAAAGUCUCCGAAUCGUAUCCUUCCAAUUCGCUGCUCCAUGGCUGCUCCUUCUCCUUCUUCGGUUUCCAUCCGAUCAAAAGCUGUUCACUUUGAUUUGAAGACAUAUUGGACUUCUCUAAUGACGCAGAUCAAUCAGAAGCUUGAUGAAGCCAUUGAAGUUCAGUUCCCUCAACAGAUAUAUGAAGCUAUGAGGUAUUCUGCCCUUGCUAAAGGUGCUAAGCGAUCCCCCCCUGUUAUGUGUAUAUCUGCUUGCGAACUCUUCGGGGGCAGUCGCCUUGCUGCCUUCCCCACUGCAUGUGCCCUUGAAAUGGUUCAUGCCGCUUCAUUGAUACAUGAUGAUCUUCCCUGCAUGGAUGACUCCUUGUCACGCCGUGGCCAGCCCUCAAACCACACCAUCUAUGGUGUUGACAUGGCAAUUCUGGCGGGUGAUGCACUCUUUCCCCUUGGAUUUCAACACAUUGUUUCACAUACUCCCUCUGACCUUGUACCUGAGCCCCGUGUACUUCGUGUCAUUGCUGAGAUAGCCCGCUGUGUGGGUUCCACUGGAAUGGCUGCAGGGCAGUUCUUGGACCUUAAAGGGGGCCCAAAUGCAGUUGGAUUGAUACAAGAUAAAAAGUUUGGUGAAAUGGCGGAGUGUUCUGCAGUGUGUGGAGGGUUGUUGGCCGGUGCCGAAGAUGAUGAGAUAGAGAGACUGAGGAGGUAUGGUAGAGCUGUUGGAGUAUUGUAUGCUAUUGUAGAUGAUAUUUUGGAAGAGAGACUGAAACCUGAGGGAGAUAAAGACAGGGAAAACAGCGGGAAGAGUUAUGUAGAGGUUUAUGGGGUUGAAAAAGCAGCAGAGGUAGCUGAAGAACUUAGAGCAAAGGCUUUGGAGGAAUUGGAUGGAUUUGAGAAGUAUGGAGAUCAAGUGUUGCCCCUCUACAGUUUUGUGAAUUAUGCUAUUGAUAGAAGUUUCAAUGUUGACGAGGCCAGUAGAUGAUGGGUUCUUGAAAGUCAACCACUUAUAGUUCUUGGUCGAGCAGUGAGUUUGGCGAAAUCAUGGUGGCGUCGUGAUUUUGUUGAUGCUUCAAAGUGUAGUUUUUGUCAAAAUCGCGGCGUCCCACUCUGAUUAUGACAAUUUCUGCGCAAAUACAAACAUGCACUUAUUUGAGUCCUUAUGAAACGAUUAUUGCAUUUUAGAAAUUUAGAGCUAUAAAAAAUAUAAUUGGGGUUAAUUAAGAGAGUAAGGUCUGAACUGUUUUAGACUGUGAAUCAAUCUAAAGCGGUCCGAUUCAAACAGUAUUUAGAGGUGGGACAGUAAUGGAUACCAAAGAGGACUCGUCCUAUGCUCUAGUCUUUACGAGAAGAUAAGUUUUUAUCUGUCUUAUAAAAAGAGUAAGCUAUUGCUGCUUUUUUUUUUUCUCCUUUUUUUUAAGUUUUUAUCUGUCUUUUAAAAAGACUAA